GUGGGAGUUACUUUCAACUAACUGUUGGGACGCAGUGCGGACUACACACACAAACAGAACAAACUCUCUUCAUGAGUUUUGUGACAUUGUUUGUGGACAUAUUCUGGUGAAGUCGGAGCAGAUUAGUGCCAGAACGGAAGAAAGACUGAAGAAAGUUUAACAAACGCCGAGGCGGUGAAUCACAUUUUCCAUGAAGAUGUACAAUGAAUAAUCGACGUUCAUAAAGCCGCUUUUUUGAGUUUUGUAUCGAAGCAAUCAAACGCGACGUCUUAAUAAUUUUUUCGUUCUUUGGAAUAUUUAAGAACGCUUUACAGAUAAUAGUGAUAUUUUAAUAGUCUAAUCGAUGGUCUACAGUUUUAGUCGUUUAGGCGAAAUUUUCAUGUAUAUACAUUUGUAAACAAAACCGAGAUAGUAUAUUUUCGCCAUGUAGCUGUUUUUCCCCCCACGAUUCUGAGAUGGUUGUGUUGUGGAUUUGUGUCGUGGGAGGAAUGUGAGUGGAAGUGUCGCUCAUGGAGCUUCAGGUGGUGUGCGGAGUGCUCUACUGCUGCCUGCUGCCCUUCUUUUUACUGGCAGCCUGCAUAUUUCGCUACAACGCUCUCUCUUUAGUCUACCUUCUGUACCUGCUGCUAUUACCGUGGUUUCAAUGGCCCAACAAACACACACUACGAGGACACACUGGACGUUACAUCAAGGCCCUUUUCAGCACCAGUCUGAUUUUCCUCUUGGCACAUGUCAGCUUCCAGAUCUGCCUGUAUACCAUCCCCAGCCUUGAUAAUGCACUGGGACACAACUGCAGCUCAUGGGAGACUCUAUCAAGACACGUUGGAGUGUCCAGGCUUCCGCUGGAAGAUCCUUGGAGCAUGGUGUGGCUCCUGACACCAGAUCUUGGUAUCUUCAUCAUCUCUCUGAUCACCUUGAUACUGUGUAACCGUCUGUUGAAGAAGAGAGAAGAGGGACCCAUACCUCACAUGUCUACACUUCUCCAGGAGGAGGAUGAAACGGAAGAUGAUGAUGAUGAUGUAGAAGGAGAAGAUGAGGGAAUGUUGUCAUGUAGUGAGUCAGAAGAUGAGGAGAGUCCUUACUCAAGCAGCAGGGCGGCACAGUUAGCUGCCCGCCUGCGUGCCACGGCACAGCACUUCCUCAGGCACAUGGGCCGCAUCCUGGCUGUCACACUACUAGCACUAGCUGGAAUCACUUUACCCUCUGCGUUCUCUGCCUUCUACUUCCUUCUCUUUAUUGGAGUGUGCACAUGGUGGGCUUGCCACUUUCCCAUCAGCCAUCUGGGAUUUAAUGCAUUGUGCGUGAUGGUGGCUUUCUUCACAGGGGGACACCUGGUGUGUCUUUACCUGUAUCAGAGCUCAUUUGCACAAGACAUGUUCUCCCCAGUGGGCCUGUGGGCCAGACUGUUUGGCCUGAAGGCGAUAAUAAAGCCUGGAAACUGCUCUUCUUUUGACAUCAACAUCAACACGCAACAUGACUGGCCGGUGUACGUCAAUCCUGGCAUUCUUUUCCUCUUGUACAUCUCUGUGACUAUUGUGCUGAAAAUCAACAGUUACAGUCUUGGCCACACAGACAAGACCGAUGAGGGUGGAGCAGUUAAAGCAGUUCAGGGUGAGGCUGGAGAGGAAGUGGAGCUCAGGCUUUGGGAGGCAAGUAGACAUAGUAAUGAAGAUGACACUAAGCAAACACUUCUCACCACGGGAGAGUCACCUCUGUCUGAAUCACAGAUGUCUAAAGAACCUGUGACCAAUGGUUCAAGCCAACAUGACAUAGGGCCCAGUGGAGAGGCCACAGCCGAUAAUCCUCUUCGUCUGGUGGGACGAAUGAUCUUGCAACAAAGUUACAUUUGUGCCCUCAUAGCCAUGAUGGUGUGGAGUAUAACAUACCAUAGUUGGCUGACGUUUGUGCUGCUGCUGUGGUCAUGCGUGAUCUGGAUGCUGCGGGCACGUCAACGCUUUGCCACUCUUUGCUCUCCCUUCAUUCUGUUGUAUGGUUUCACUCUUUGCUGUCUGCAGUAUGUGUGGGCCAUGGACCUAGAAACGGAACUGCCCCAGCACAUUGGCACCAUGAGCCUGCGCCAGCUAGGAUUGGACCGAGCACAGUACCCCUGUUUGCGUUUAGGAGCCAUGCUGCUGUUCACGUUGACAUUUUGGCUUUUGCUGAGACAGUCUGUAAAGGACAUGUUCAGCAGGAAGAAGAGAAUAACUGCACCAUUGCAGGAGGUCACCACUGGAGAGAGCACAGGUCGAAAUGAGUCGAUUUUGAAGGUGUUUGGUGGGCUGGUGAUGAGUCUGUACGCUAAGUACUGGAUCUACGUGUGUGGAGGCAUGUUCAUCAUGGUCAGCUUUGCAGGAAAGCUUGUAGCCUACAAGAUCGUCUACAUGCUGCUAUUUCUGCUCUGCCUGUGCCUGUAUCAGGUGUACUAUUCUCUCUGGAGGAGGUUGCUGAAGGCCUUCUGGUGGAUGGUGGUGGCCUACACCAUGGUGGUGCUCAUUGCUAUUUACACCUUUCAGUUUGAGGACUUUCCAGGCUAUUGGGGAAACUUCACUGGAUUCACAGAACAACAGUUGACUGACAUGGGACUGGAGACGUUUAAACUAUCUGAGCUCUUCACCAGUAUUGUGAUCCCAGGCUUCUUCCUGUUGGCCUGUAUUCUACAGCUUCACUACUUCCAUAAGCCCUUUAUGAAGAUCACAGAUCUGGAGAAUGUCACGCCCAUCCACAGGAAGAGAGGUAUAGAGAAUCCAGAUUUGGUUCGGUCCACAGAGGAAGUAAGAUUUGAGGAGGAAGAUCUCAUUACAGAGCAGGGUGAUGAUCCAUCAGAGGUUGACGAGGUGAUACCCAGCAAGUGGGGACUGGUGAUGGACAGAGUAAUGGUUCUGUCUAGGAAGUUCUCUGACACCUUAACCCAUGUCCAGAGUUUCAUUUGGAGAGUAUUAGAACUGCACAUCGUCAAAAUUGUGGCUUAUUUUGUCGUCUGGGUGGCGCUAUUGGAGCCAUCUGCAAUGAACUUGGUCCUGGUGGUGCUGUGGAGUUUUGCCAUGCCUUACGGCCGUUUCAGAGCAAUGGCUUCCUGUCUCUCCACCAUCUGGGUUUGUGUCAUCAUCGUCUGCAAGAUGCUGUACCAGCUCAGUGUCGUCAACACUGCAGAGUACUCCAACAACUGCACCGUGCCAAUGGUCAAUGAAACCAGUCUAGAACUGGAUGAAGUGCUGAACUCCACCCUGUAUAAAGCACCUGUGGACCCAGCCAACUGGUUUGGUGUUAGGAAAGAUGCUACUAUCCUUGGUUACACCAAGGAUCAUCUGCUGGUCCUGAUGCUGCUGGUGUUUGAGGCAACAGUGUACCGGCACCAGAUUCAUCACUACAGACAACAGCAGCGCUCACCUCCCCCAAUUCCAGUCAUCUUUCCCCAGGCCACCCGUGACACGCUGGACAAGGGUCUCCUUCACUGCAUCAAAUACCUGCUCAACUACAGCUUCUACAAGUUUGGCCUUGAAAUCUGCUUUCUCAUGACUGUGAAUGUUAUUGGUCAGCGUAUGAACUUCCUGGUUAUUAUCCACGGCUGUUGGUUGGUGGCCAUCAUGGUGCAGCGGCGCAGAGCAGCCAUUGCCAAGAUCUGGUCAAAGUACUGCCUGUUUCUGGUGGUCUUCAUGGUAUACCAGUAUGUUCUGUGUGUGGGCAUCCCUCCUGCCCUCUGUAUAGAUUACCCUUGGAGAUGGAGAACCUCUGUAACUAUCCAUUCAGCUCUGGUUAAAUGGAUCUACUUACCUGACUUCUACACCAUCCCCAACUCUAGGAACCUAAUAUCGGACUUCCUUCUGCUGAUGUGUGCCUCCCAGCAGUGGGCUGUGUUUGAAAAUGAGAAAAAGGAAGAAUGGAUGGUCAUGGGAGGUGAGAACAAAGACAACCCUGACCCCAUGGAGGAUAUGCUCUUCAACCCAGCCCCAAACUUCAUCAAUUGCAGGUCCUAUCUGGACAUGGCAAAGGUCCUGGUGUUUCGGUACAUGUUCUGGUUUGUGCUGUCGGUGUUGUUUGUGACCGGUGCCACUCGGAUCAGUGUGUUUGGUUUGGGGUAUCUUAUGGCCUGUUUCUUCUUCCUGCUGUUCGGCACACGUCUGUUGAUCAAGCCAUCACGUACACGUCUGGUCCUGUGGGACUGUCUGAUCAUGUACAAUGUGGCUGUGAUCAUUUCCAAGAACAUCCUGUCUAUCCUGGCCUGUGUGUUUGUGUUGGAGAUGCAGAAGAACUUCUGCUGGGUAAUUCAGCUCUUCAGUCUGGUGUGCACAGUCAAAGGCUACUAUGACCCUAAUUCAGUGUGGGAUAAAGAAUGCUCUCUGCCUGUGGAAGAGGCUGGCAUUAUCUGGGACAGUAUCUGUUUCUUCUUCCUCCUCUUACAGAGGAGAGUCUUCCUCAGUUUUUACUUUUUGCACGUAUCUGCAGAUCUUCAAGCAUCAGCGCGACAGGCCUCUCGGGGUUUCGAGCUGUUCCGAGCCAGCAUUAUAAAGAACAUGCAUUUCUAUCAGCAGGCAGAGAAGAAGUCAAUUCAGCAGCUAAAGGAAUCGAUGAAACGCAUACGUGACAAACAGCAGAAGUAUAAAGAAGGACGCAAAACUUCAGAUAUAGAGGAGCUGCCAUCAGACUCCACGGAACAGAAGAAGGAGAGACAAUUAUCAAAGUCCAAACAGUGGCAGUAUCCUUGGAUGGACCAUGCAACUGUGUUGCAUUCUGGGGAAUACUACAUGUUUGAGUCUGACAGCGGAGAGGAAGAUGAAUCCUUUCAGGAGGAACAGAAACCUCGUCAACAGACUGCCUUUCAGCUGGCAUACCAGGCUUGGGUCACCAGUGCAAAAGAAGCUCUGACAGACCGUCAGCUGAAGCAGAGAGAGCAGAGAGCGGAAGCAAAGAAGCAACAAACCUCUCAGGCUACAGAUGACACUGAGGAGGGUGAAGCAGUUUUUGAUGGGAAAGAAGUGGAGGAGAUGCAAGAGGAAGGAGAUGAUGUGGCAUCUCAAGCCACUGGCAGUGAUAUAAUGCAGAGGAUUCUGGACAUACUGAAGUUCCUGUGGGUGCUUUUCUUGGCCAUGGUGGACGGAUUCACUAUGUGGCUUAAUUUGCUCACCAAGCAGUAUGUAGACACUUCUAUGGUCCUCUCUGAGGAGCGCUACCUCUUCAUUCACAACAUCAGCCAGAGACCCUCCAGAGAGCCCAUGGAUGAUCAGAUAUCACAGGACAGUGAGAAUCUCACUGUUGAGACAUGUCUCGAUGAAACGGACACAGACAAUGUUCGCUUCAACAGUAACAUCAAUGUGGUUGAGUUGGAGACACUGGGUGGUUUUCCAAAGUCCCGUGACUUCAGCAGCACAACUCUGUCCUCUGAACUCACAUUAGAGCUUGAUACAGAACCUUUUUACAGCCAACACACCCUCCGCCCUCGACGCUCCAGAACUGCAAGUGAACUGCUUUCAGAAAGGCCAUUCAGUGUUGAGGAGUUGAUACAGAGUGGUGAAUUCUACUCGUCUCAGAACCGACUGCUGAAGCUGCUCUUUGCACUCUAUAAUGUUCUGGCGGCCCACUCUGAGCUGGUCUGUUAUUUCAUUAUCGUGCUCAAUAACCUGGUGACAGCCUCUGUCAUCUCACUGGUGCUGCCAAUUCUCGUCUUUCUCUGGGCAAUGCUGUCUGUGCCACGACCUUCCAAGAGGUUCUGGAUGACGGCCAUCAUCUAUACAGAGGUCAUGGUGGUGGUCAAAUACCUGUUUCAGUUUGGCUUCUUCCCGUGGAAUACUGAGUAUGAGCUGAAGUUAAAUGAGGACAAGCCGUUCUUCCCUCCACGCAUCCUGGGCCUGGAGAAAACGGACAACUACAUCCGUUAUGAUUUGCUCCAGCUAUUGGUCCUCUUUUUUCACCGGUCACUUCUCCAGCGUUAUGGUCUCUGGGACCAAGAGGGCCCUCUGGAAGAGAAGAGCAAUCUUUCAUCUGCGGAGAAGAACAAGAAUGAAAGAGACGAGAAAGUCUUUCAACUCUCAGAUGAAGAGGACAGCCGAGCACAGCCAGAGGCCGACACGGAGGUGCUGUCAAUGACACCAUCGACAGAAACACCGACCGAUGCUGAAAUACAGACUGACCCAGAGCCCAACAUACAAACAGAUACCACAGAAACCCUUGAUACAGUGAAGGCAGAUGGAAAGAAGAAGAGUCGUUUCCUUCGCUUCCGCAAGAAAAAACAGUCCGAAAAAGACAAUGGACAGAAGGAACCCAAGAAGAAGAAGAAGUCAAAGAAAUGCAGCAAGGACACCAGUAAAAAAAUAUUGAAUGCUAUUGGAGGAAAACUCGAAGGACUUUUCUUAUCCAUAGUGAAGAAUGUCUAUAAGCCAACCUGUGGAUUCUUCCAGAACAUCCUUCAUGCAGAAUAUCGGGCAGCUACUGAUGUCUACGCUCUUAUGUUUCUUACUGAUGUGGUGGAUUUUAUCAUCAUCGUGUUCGGUUUCUGGGCUUUUGGAAAACACUCGGCAGCAGCAGAUAUAGCCUCCUCCCUGUCUGAGGACCAGGUCCCCGAGGCGUUUCUAGUCAUGCUCCUCAUUCAGUUCAGCACCAUGAUCAUUGACCGUGCACUUUACUUGCGGAAGAGCAUCUUGGGAAAGCUCAUCUUCCAGGUUAUACUGGUUUUCGGUAUCCACCUGUGGAUGUUCUUCAUCCUUCCUGCUGUCACUGAGAGGAUGUUCAAUCAUAAUUCAGUGGCCCAGCUCUGGUAUUUUUUCAAGUGCAUCUACUUCACUUUGUCAGCGUAUCAGAUCCGUUGUGGCUACCCUACACGAAUCCUUGGAAACUUCCUGACGAAGAAAUUCAAUCACCUCAACCUCUUCCUUUUCCAAGGUUUCCGCCUGGUUCCUUUUUUAGUUGAGCUUCGAGCAGUAAUGGACUGGGUUUGGACAGAUACGACACUGUCUCUCUCCAACUGGAUGUGUGUGGAGGAUAUCUACGCUAAUAUCUUCAUCAUUAAAUGCAGCCGAGAGACAGAAAAGAAAUAUCCCCAACCAAAAGGGCAAAAGAAAAAGAAGAUUGUCAAAUAUGGAAUGGGCGGCCUUAUCAUUCUGUUCCUCAUUUGCAUCAUUUGGUUCCCACUACUCUUCAUUUCACUAGUUAAAUCCGUAGUGGGUGUGGUUAACCAUCCUGUUGACGUUACGGUCACAGUCAGGCUUGGUGGUUAUGAGCCUUUAUUUACAAUGAGUGUGCAGCAGCAGUCCAUCCAGCCUUUCGCUGAGCAGGACUACAAUCAUCUUGCCAAUCUGUUUGGAAAAAAUGCUGUGGCCAUGCAGUUUAUUACCAUGUACAGCUAUGAAGACAUAGUCACAGCCAACAUUGAGGGCAGCUCAGGGUCAGUGUGGCGGAUCAGCCCACCGAGCAGACAGGAGCUAAUAAAGGAACUGCUUGGCAGCACAGGUGACAUGACCCUCCGUCUGGAUUGGAACUUCCAAAGGGACCUGGGGAAAGGUGGGACAGUGGAACAUACUUUUGACAAGCACUCCAUCAGUUUGUCACCGAAGAACCCAGUCAGAGCGGACCUGGCCUCGCUGCUUUUGGGCACCCGAAAGGAUCCUGUACAUGUGCCGCACAUGUUUCCUAACUACAUCAGAGCACCUACUGGAGCUGAAGCAAAACCAGUUAGCCAGCUGUAUGAAGGUGAUGAGGAGGGAUAUCAAAAUGUGACUUUGUCACUGAUGAGAGAAGCCUCUGUGAAUACCACUGGAGCUCAAGAGUGGUGGGACAUCAGCAUUGCGGACUGCAGGGGGUCCUGUGGUGUUCUACCUAUGGUCAUCUUUAACGACAAAGUUAGCCCUCCAAGUUUGGGCUUUCUAGCAGGAUAUGGGAUCAUGGGUCUUUACGUGUCGGUGGUUCUGGUCAUUGGCAAGUUUGUGCGAGGCUUUUUCAGCGAGAUCUCUCACUCCAUCAUGUUUGAAGAACUGCCAUGUGUGGACCGCAUCCUCAAACUAUGCAUGGACAUUUUCCUGGUUCGGGAAACCGGAGAACUGGAGCUGGAGGAAGAGAUUUACUCCAAACUCAUCUUCCUCUAUCGCUCUCCAGAGACCAUGAUCAAGUGGACUAGAGAAAAGAAUGAAGACUGAAACUGUUUUGUAGCUGGUGCAGCAUCACGUGCUUGGAUGUUCUGCAUCAUGAUGUCCACUUCGGCCUCGAGGCCAGCUAGAACCAGUGGAGCUUUACUGCUCUUGUGAGCUUGUGACAUUGUAUAAGUUGGAUGAUUCAAUGUCUCAUGAACAAUGAGUCUAUAGCCAUUUAUCCAAUGCUACGAAUGUUGUUGGCUUCUUUGCACUCAGAGGUUGGAUAACUGGGGUCAGGUUAAGCCUCUGCGUUAUUCUGCCUGGACUGUGUUUAGUUUUGUCAGCAAGCCUGAAAAUCAGCCUCUCUCAGAGGGACUCGAUGUGAGUGAUUCAGACGCUAACCCAGUGUCCUAGUGACCAGUGGGCGCAGAAUGGUAGGACCUUCAAAGUGCAAAUCCAAACACUAUUGGAGUGAAUCUCGCAAAACCAUGUCUGGGUUAUACUUUAUCCCAAAAUAACAGGAAAUUAUAUUUUAGGACUAUUCACUCAAAAAUGAAAUUUCUGUCAUCAUUUACUCACCUUC